CGCCACUACUCUAACAGUCCCCUAAUUUCUCUCAUUUCGUUUUUUAUCAUCAAAUCACCGCAUUUCCUUUUCAACGGCUUUCUUUUCCCCGAAAAAAACAAAAGAAAAAACAAAAUCCCUUCUUCUUCUUCCUUUUUCGUUUUGCCCUGCCUGGGUCCGCCAAAAUCCUCUCUGCCAUACUUUCCGUACGUUCCGCCACCACCGUCACGCUUCCACCGCCUCCAUUUGAACGUUGACAUUCGCGAUUGGAUAUUUGGAUAUCAGAUACGGAGUAAUUUGAACGUUCUUCGCGCGUAUUCAUGGCGUUUAGGGACAAAAGCGAAUCUCAGAAGAAUCCGAAGAUGAAGACCGCUUCGUAUUUCAACCGAUCAUUGACGAUGCAUCACGGCCGCACCUCCAAUGAAUCGUUCGGUUUCUCUGGGAAGCCCCCCGUCGAACGGAUCGGCUCGUUUAAGAAGCUCUACGGUCCCGCCGCGUUUGAAUCGAUCGUAUCCGUCACCGGGAAGGUGAAGAAGCUUUGCUCGCUCUUCGAUACGCAGAAAUUAUCCAGCCGCUUGUCCAAUUUCCUCCCCCUUCAGCAACAAUCUCCGUCAGGCGCCGUCGCGAAACCCUCGGAUUCCGAAUCUGGCGGAUCUCUGCUUCAGCUGCCGGGGACGGAGGACAGAGUGGUCAUCUACUUCACGAGCCUGAGAGGAAUCCGGCGGACGUUCGAGGAUUGCUACACGGCGAGAAUGAUCCUGAAGAGCUUCCGAGUGAAGGUGGACGAGAGGGACAUCUCCAUGGACAACGCGUACAGGACAGAGCUGCAGAGCAUUUUAGGGCAGAAGGAUGUGAGCCUGCCGCAGAUAUUCAUCAAAGGGAAGUAUAUCGGCGGAGCUGAAGUGGUAAAGCAGAUGAACGAAGUCGGCGAUCUGGUGAAACUGCUCAGGGGCAUGCCAAUGCGGCCGCCGGGACGCGGCGGCGCCUGUGACGGUUGCGGAGAUGCGCGGUUUUUCCCCUGCACGAAUUGCAACGGGAGUAAGAAAGUGUUCGAUGAGGAGGAACGACAAGUGAGAAGGUGCCACGUGUGCAACGAGAACGGGCUGGUUCGCUGCCCUUUCUGCUGUUAUUGACUGCCCGGAUUUUUACUCUGAUUGGUGAUUCUCAUGGUCCGUACUAAUUGCACGUUUAACUAUGUAUAUACGGAGUAUCUAUUUUGUAAGUAUGAAUGAUUUGAGAUGACCAAUGGGACGUAUACAGUAUUUUGAGGAGAGUAUUUUGAGGAG